CUGCACUUUUAGGAUGCGUCUCAUUUUCAUCUUCUUCCUCUCAAUCACAUACUGUACUUCUAUGCGUCAACAAUCUGUAGGAAUAAAAGGCAUACUGAAAUGCGGAGAUAAACCCGCAGCGAAUGUGAGGGUUAAAUUAUGGGACGAAGAUGAGGGACCUGAUCCUGAUGAUUUGUUGGAUGAGGGGUACACCGAUGCCAAUGGAAACUUCAAGCUCCAGGGUUCGGAGCGAGAAGCUACAACAAUCGAUCCUAUAUUCAAAGUGUAUCAUGAUUGCAAUGAUGGGAUGAAGCCUGGUUAUCGUAAGGUGAAGUUCCGCAUUCCAAAAUCGUACAUCACAAGUGGAAAAGCACCGAAGCGCGUCUACGACAUCGGAGUGCUGAAUCUUGAGACCGUUUAUUCAAAAGAGGAGCGCGAGCUCUUGUCAAGAUUGUGA